GUAGCCUGCGGCUAAACACACGUCAACACGUCACGUCCCCUUCAAGUCCAAGUUGAAGUAUUCUGUUCGUAACAAGACAAAAACGACAAUAAAAUUACAAAUAACUUUGCGUAGUGUGUGCAUGCGAUGGGUGGCUCUCAAAGUUUACAGAUUCCCGGUGGAGGUACUGAAGGAUAUCACGUUCUGAGGGUACAGGAUGGGUCGCCGGGACAGCGAGCCGGGCUGGAAUCAUUCUUUGAUUUCAUAGUCGCUAUUGGAAGCACCCGCCUGGAUCAAGAUAAUGAGACGCUGAAAGACCUUCUCAAAUUGAAUGUUGAGCGUGAAGUAAAAUUGACAGUCUAUAGUUCAAAAUCUCAGACUGUUCGACAGGUUGGAAUCAUCCCCAGUCAAAUGUGGGGUGGCUCAGGCCUAUUGGGGGUCUCCAUCCGAUUUUGUUCUUUUGAGGGUGCCAAUGAAAAUGUUUGGCACAUUUUGGAUGUGCAACCCAACUCCCCAGCUCAACUAGCUUGCCUGCAGGCACAUUCUGACUACAUCAUUGGUGCAGAUUCUGUUUUGCACGAAAGUGAAGACCUUUUUACUCUUGUUGAAGCUCAUGAAGGAAGGCAAUUGAAGCUAUAUGUCUACAAUACAGAAAGUGACUCUUGUCGUGAAGUGACAAUCACACCAAAUUCACAGUGGGGAGGAGAGGGAAGCCUUGGUUGUGGGAUUGGUUAUGGUUACCUACAUCGUAUUCCUCUGCGGUCAAGUAAUGACGUAAGACUAACGGAGAAGAUACCACUGCUAGCAGAGCAAACUAGCGCGGAAGGUGUUAGUAUGCCAUCGAAUCCAAAUCCAUUAGAACUUGGAGCUACUCCGACGAUUCCAACUCUACCGACUUCGUCUGCUACGACGCUUCAGGCUAUUUUUGGUCCACCACCUACUACGAAUGAAGAUUUCAUCGUUCAAACUAAUGCUUCGACAAAUUCAGCUGAACUUCCUGCACCUAUAUAUACGGGCGUGACUAUGCCUGCCCCAGCACCGCCCAAUAUACCAGGCAUGCCUAGCCUACCACCUUUAACAACACCGAUUUCACUCCCGGGCAUGCCUCCUAUUACAGUGAGCUGUUCUUUGCCUCAAUCCGCUCUUCAAGGCGUUGCCCCUACCCCGCCUCUUCCCUCGGCAGCAGUAUUACCUCCGCCACCUCAAAUGUCAGAUAACCCAUCACCACCCGGCAUUAAUCCGUACAGAGCGAUACCAAGCGGUGCAGCAGGAGUGUAACACUGUCGUCGAAACACCCGGUUUGAUCUAUACAUGAUCGGAAAUGUUUAUCUUGCUUUAUGAUGCAUAGUACAGUUGGAUAUUGUGUGAGCGUUUAACUUUUGCAUUAUUGAAUAAAUCUUGGGGCUU